CCUCCCUGUGCAGCCGACCCUGCUGUGCCUCCCUGCCGCUACAGCCACCCUGACCCACCGGGCUGGGCCGCUCAAGGCAGGCACGGGGCAGUGGGCACAGCAGGACCCUGGCUGGCCAGAGCAGCAGCAGGAGGGCUUGAGGACACAGCGAGGACCUGUCCCAUCUGCCCGGCACUGCUGGCAGUGACCCAGCUGCUGCGACUCAAGCUGAUUCCCCCCGUGGGGGUCCCAGCACCCCCUGGCUGCCCCUCAGGCAGGGGGCAGAGUGCACCUGAGCGAGGUCCAGCGGUGGGCAGGUUUUUGGCUGAGCAAGCGCUGUGUUGGUGGUGUCCUGCCCACAGCAACCCAGCGAGCACAGCACAGAGGAGGCCAGUGGGGGCGACAUGGCCAGCGUCAUCCUGGAGAGCAUCUUCUUGAAGCGCUCACAGCAGAAGAAGAAAACGUCUCCCCUUAACUUCAAGAAGCGCCUGUUCCUGUUGACGGAGAGCAAGCUGUCCUACUACGAGUAUGACUUUGAGCGGGGGCGCCGGGGCAGUAAGAAGGGCUCAGUGGACAUUGAGAAGAUCACCUGUGUGGAGACGGUGGUGCCUGAAAACAACCCUCCUCCAGAGCGGCAGGUCCUGAGGAAAGGAGAAGAUUACAACAACAUGGAACAGAUGUCAAUCAUUGAACGGUUCCCCUACCCCUUCCAGGUGGUAUAUGACGAAGGGCCCCUCUAUGUCUUCUCCCCGACGGAGGAGUUGCGCAAACGCUGGAUCCAUCAGCUGAAGAGUGUGAUCCGGUACAACAGCGACCUGGUACAGAAGUAUCAUCCCUGCUUCUGGAUCGACGGCCAGUACCUGUGCUGCUCCCAGACAGCCAAGAAUGCCAUGGGCUGCCAGAUCCUGGAGAGCAGGAAUGGCAGUUUAAAAGUUGGGCGGUCACAUCGCAAGACAAAGAAGCCUCUUCCCCCCACUCCUGAGGAGGACCAGAUGGUGAUGAAGCCUCUGCCCCCUGAGCCGGCCCCCAGCACAGCAGGCGAGAUGAAGAAGGUGGUGGCCCUCUACAACUACCUGCCAAUGAACGUGCAGGACCUACAACUGCAGAAGGGAGAGGAGUACCUCAUCCUCGAGGAAAGCCACCUGCCCUGGUGGAAAGCCCGUGAUAAGAAUGGGAGAGAGGGAUAUAUCCCCAGCAACUAUGUCACUGAAACCAGCAAUUCUUUGGAGAUCUUUGAGUGGUACUCAAAGAACAUCACUCGGAGCCAAGCGGAGCAGCUGCUGAAACAGGAGGGUAAGGAAGGGGGCUUCAUUGUCCGAGACUCCACCAGCAAGACAGGGAAAUACACUGUCUCUGUCUAUGCUAAGUCCUCUGUAGACCCCCAAGGCAUGAUCCGCCAUUACGUUGUCUGCUGCACCCCCCAGAAUCAGUAUUACCUGGCAGAAAAGCACCUGUUCAACACCAUCCCAGAGCUCAUCAUGUACCAUCAGCACAACUCUGCUGGGCUCAUAUCUAGACUGAAGUACCCUGUGUCUCAACAGCAGAAAAGUGCUCCUUCCACAGCUGGCCUUGGCUACGGGUCGUGGGAGAUUGACCCGAAGGAUCUGACCUUCCUGAAGGAACUGGGGACGGGGCAGUUUGGUGUGGUGAAGUACGGGAAAUGGAGAGGCCAGUACAACGUUGCUAUCAAGAUGAUCAGGGAGGGCUCCAUGUCAGAGGAUGAGUUUAUCGAUGAAGCCAAAGUCAUGAUGAACCUGUCUCAUGAGAAGCUGGUGCAGCUCUAUGGUGUCUGCACCAAGCAGCGCCCCAUCUUCAUAAUCACUGAAUACAUGGCCAACGGCUGCCUCCUGAACUUCCUGAGGGAAACUCGGCGGCGGUUCCAGCCUGCUGAGCUGCUGGAGAUGUGCAAGGAUGUCUGUGAAGCUAUGGAGUACCUGGAAUCCAAGCAGUUCCUGCACCGAGACCUGGCUGCUCGCAACUGUUUGGUGAAUGACCAAGGAAUUGUGAAAGUAUCAGAUUUUGGCCUUUCCAGGUAUGUUCUAGAUGACGAGUAUACAAGCUCCAUGGGGUCAAAGUUUCCAGUGAGGUGGUCUCCCCCUGAAGUGCUUCUGUACAGCAAGUUCAGCAGCAAGUCUGAUGUCUGGGCUUUUGGUGUUCUGAUGUGGGAAGUUUACUCUAUGGGAAAAAUGCCUUAUGAGAGGUUUAAUAACAGUGAGACAACAGAGCACGUCAUCCAAGGCCUGCGCCUCUACCGGCCGCAGCAGGCUUCAGAGCGUGUCUACGCCAUCAUGUACAGCUGCUGGCAUGAGAAGGCUGAGGAGCGCCCCACCUUCACCACACUGCUGGGCAGUAUCCUGGACAUCACAGAUGAGGAGCCCUGACCCCCCAGGCUGGUGCUGGUGGCUGCUACUACUGGGCUGGUGCAGUCCCACCGCCCGCCGGGACAGACCUGCACACCCGACGGUACCUCAGCACCGCUGUCACGGACAUGGCACUGCCAACCCCCCGGGCAAGCAGGGGCCUGUGAGGCCCUCACGGCCGCUACCGCAGCCCGAGUCACCGGCAGGGCCCCUCACAGUCAAAGACAGAGGCGGGGCUCCUGACGGCCGCGGUCCAGGCCAGUCCCGGUGCCGGCCAGCCCCGCCGGGCUCUGCAGGCGGCGGCGGGCCGGGCCUGUGCACAAUAAACGGUUGCUAAUGC